CAGCGUUAUCAACAGUCAAUUUUCCUUUACACUCUCAAAUGAUCGAGUAGAGAGCAGUAUAUUCUGUACUUGCUACAUUUGUCACUAAGGUGCCUGGCAUUUCAUACUUUGCUUCGAAAAAAAAAAAGGAAAACUGGGAAGCUGUUCUAAUUAGGAGGAUGGUAUAUGGAGAGAGGUUGGAGCAUCAAUGGUGUGAAUAGGAAGAAAGAAGGGAAGUGCAUUUCUAGUGCUUGAAGAUGUUGUUGGAAGUUAAAGAGUCUCAUGAAAGUCUUUAUCCCUGCACUGAGCUGUGUGGGAUGGAAAGCAAGUGACAUGUAAAUCUAUGGCAAGCUUAUAGAAGAAGGGGAGAUUAUGUUUUUUUUAUUGACUGCUCUCUGGCCAUUAGUUUUUGAUGUGCUUUUACUUCAUACCCAAGGAAACAAACAAUGGCAUUGUACAGGGAAUCCACUUCCUUUGGAUAAUGAACGCUAUGCAUGUAACACUCAUGUACCAUUCCUGAUUUUUAGCCACGGCAAUGACAUUUUUACCAUUAACAGUGAUGGGACCAAUCUCAGGAAAGUAGUGCCCUCUGCAGGAUCCACACUACAAAUAGACUUUAUCCAACAAGAGAACAGACUUUACUGGCUUGAUCAAAACAGAGGUUUUCUUCAAAGAAUGUACCUGAAUGGCUCGAAGCAUGAGAGGCUACGUGCUGUAGGAAAAGGGUCUAUUGGAUUUGCAAUUGACUGGAAACACAAUGUCAUUUUCUGGGCUAACCAACAGAAAGGAACAAUUGAACUGACAAGCAGAAAUGAAAAAAGAUCUCGAGUACUUCUGAGAGGUUUAUUUAAUCCCAAGUUCGUUGCUAUCGAUCCUUUGGAAGGGCUUCUCUUUUGGUCUUCUAACAAAUCAUGGACUAUUAUUCAAAAAGCAACUCUGGAUGGAAGUAAUGUAACAUCUAUUAUUGAACUGAGUGGGGCACUAAAAGGCCUAACACUGGACACAGAUGACAAGAAGAUUUUUUGGAUCUUGUCUAAAAUUGACAGAGAGGAUUCUGUUAUUGGCUCUUGUUCAUAUAAUGGUGACUCUGUAAUGAUUGUCAAGAAUUUGAGACUUUCAACGAAAUAUCAUGUUUUGGGAGUUUCUCUUCUCUAUAAUCAUAUCUAUUAUUCAGAGAGGAAAUCUGGUUCCAUAAAAGUAAUUAAUAAAUUCACAGGGAAAGAUAUUGUUUCAGUCAACUUGAAGCCAUCAAUCAUGGAGAUUAGAAAUAUAAAAGUAGUAUAUCCAGUGAGGUCCUAUAGUAUUCCAAAUUCCUCUUCCAACCAAGGAGCAAAGUCGUGUUCCAUUUCCAAUAAACACUGUACAAAAACAUGUGAAAUAGAUGCAGAGAACCAGAAGUGCCAUUGUAUGAAUGGUUUUGUCCUCAGUUCAAAUGGGCGAUAUUGUGAAGAUAUAAAUGAGUGUGCCCUAUGGAAUCAUGGGUGUACUCUUGGAUGUGAAAAUAUCCCAGGUUCCUACUUUUGUACCUGCCCAGAAGGCUAUGUUUUACUUCCAGACAAUAAGACAUGCCAUGAUAAAACUCCUUGCCUGACAGAGCACAUAGAAUGUAGCCAUGGCUGUGUACAAACAACCAAAGGGCCUUUGUGUACCUGUCCAGAAGGAUCGGUGCUCUCUGAAGAUGGAAAGUCAUGCACAGGGUGCACCUCCCCAGAUAAUGGUGGAUGCAGCCAUAUUUGCAUAAUGUCAGGACCUGGGACUUGGGAAUGUGACUGUUUUCCAGGGUACAACCUACAGUUGGACAGAAAACAAUGUUUGGCCUCAGGUCCUCGCCCAUAUUUAAUGUUUGCAAAUGUUCAUGACAUCAGACGAAUUAACUUUGAUGGAACCAAUUAUGAAAGUGUACUCGACUCACAGAUCGGUAGAGUGUUUGCCCUGGACUAUGACCCAGUUGAAGAUAGGAUGUACUUUGCACACACAGCUCUGAAGUGUAUAGAAAGUGCAAACAUGGAUGGCAGUGACCGGAAGAAAAUGAUUUCUGGAGAUCUGAGCACACUGGAAGGUCUUACUGUUGAUGCAAUUAAUAGGAAACUAUACUGGACUGACCGAGGAAAAUCAUGCAUUGAAAGAAGUGAUUUAAAUGGAAAAUACAGGAAAAUCCUCAUUCAAGAAAAUAACAUUCAGCCGAGAGGAAUUUGUGUUCAUCCACUGGCUAAGAAAUUAUUUUGGACUCAUGUUGGAGCCAACCCUCGUAUAGAGAGUUCGGAUUUAGAAGGAUCAGAAAGAGAGGUUAUAAUCAGUAAGGACCUGAUCUGGCCCAGUGGAAUCACAGUCGACCAUCUCACUGAUGUUAUUUAUUGGUGCGAUGCCAAGAAAUCUGUUAUCGAAUCAGCUAAUCUGGAUGGCUCAAAUCGGCAGUCAUUUUCCCAGAAUGAUGUAGGCCAUCCUUUUGCCAUAUCGGUCUUUGAGGAUCACUUGUGGGUCUCUGACUGGGUCCAGCCAUCACUUAUAAGAAUUGAGAAAAGAAACACCCAGAACUGGGUACGUCUUCGAGGCAACAUGCAGAGACCCUCAUCUGUUGUAAUUGUACAUCCUUUGGCAAAGCCAGUCAUUGCAGAUGACAUCCCCCUGCCUAGAAAAGAGAAAGACAGCAACAAUCAAACAGCUCAUUCUGAAUCUUUUUUUCCUGGUCCACUUUCCACCAGCAAUGCUGAAAUGGGGACGAGAGAAGCACCAAGUAGCAGAAAUGGGUUGCUGGCAGAAAUUAUGGUAUCAGAUGACAGUGGCUGCAUUGAUAUUCACUGUGAUAUCAAUGCACAUUGUGUCUCAUCAGAGGAUGGCCCAAAAUGUCAGUGUUUGGAAGGCUUCACUGGGAAUGGGAGGUUAUGUCAUGAUAUUGAUGAAUGUUCUCUUCACAUUGCUGCGUGCAAUCCCCACCAGACAGAAUGCAUUGAUACAGAGGGGGGUUAUAUCUGCAAGUGCAAGUAUGGCUACAUUGGAAAUGGACUUCAAUGUACAGAUAUUGAUGAAUGCAGUCGGGGAACUCAUACAUGUGGGGAAAAUGCAGUGUGCACCAAUACAGAAGGGAAUUACACCUGCACAUGCACUAAUGGCUUUCCAGGAAGCGCAGCCGACUGUACUGGCAAGACAAUAAUCAGAGAAUGUCCCCUGGCUUAUGAUGGAUACUGUCUCAAUGGAGGAGUGUGCAUCCAUUUCCCAGAACUGAAAGAUUACGGGUGCAGAUGUGUCGCAGGAUACGUUGGCGAGAGAUGUCAAUUUGAUGAUCUGAAGUCUUGGGAAAAACAUGUUACCCAAAUGAAGAUUCACAACGUUACCAUUGCUGUUUCCUUGCUCUUACUCCUACUGAUCCUGGGCCUUGGCUCCUUUGCUACUUAUUAUUACAGACAUCAAAUGACCCACAGAAAAAACCAUUUUAAACAAGAAACAGCACCGGGCACUACAGAAAAACCUAUUUGCAGCACAAGUGGUCUAUCAAGAAGCAGCGAGCCUGGGUGUUUAGGGAAGCUCUGAUCCCUGAAAAAUGUGUACGAGAUCUGGUGGCUAAAAUAAAGAAGAUUGCGUGAGAAACUUCGGUGUUCCUGCAUUUGAGCUACUGUUAAAGAAGAAUGGACUGAACCCCAAGCAACCUCAGCAGUGUAUAUGGACAGAUUAACUAAAACAACAUUGUGAAUCUUCUGCUUUACAUUUUUUUUUAAAGAUCAUUGAAUAUGAAUCAACUCCUGUUAUUUUCCCAAUGGAGUCAUUUAGCAGCUUUCACCCUGUGCAGUGACUGGAUGGUUUCAUACCUUAUGAUCACGGAGACUUGCUUUGACUAAUGUACUUACAAUUAUGUACCCCAACCCCAUCGCUGCCAGUCAUGAUGCAGGCAAUCAAUGGAUCUAAAAAAUGCCAUAAAGAUGAACUCAUGCGCUAGUAAAACUACAUAGUUCUUAUGAUUAUACAUUUGGGCUUUGGGUUACUGUAAGAUUGGAGGCUGCUUCUCUUAACUGAUUCCUUAUUAUGGUGCAAAGUCUAUGGGUGAGUGUCAGAGGAGACACUAACUGGAUACAGAUUAGAAGUUACUCUCGCCAGCUACUUAUAAGUUGCAGACAGCUAUAUAAAGCUUGGCAGCUGUGGACCCACAAGUGACAUAGGUGUUAGGUUUGCCUAGGACUCUGUCUGGAUAGGCAUGUAGGGCUUGCUAUAUCUUGGGGGAGUGCUAGGGAUUGAGGGGAUGAUACAUCCAACUACACUGAAAGCCAAGUGUGUCAGCUCUCAGUUGCUUUUUUGUCUGAGCAUAUAGGAGAUAUAUUGGGCCAUUUUUUGCAACACAUUGAUCUCAGUGGAAAUGCUGUAGCCUAGCUAUAGCCUCAAGAUGACUCUAAACUAACCAGCUGCUGGUAUCUGCCUUUUUUACUUUUCAUUUCCAUUAAAAGAAAAAGGUCUACUCAAUAGCUUGCAUAUUGCAUUAUCAGAAUGACCAAACUUCACAGUUAAUGUAUAACAUGGUCUUCACAACACAUGUACAAUGUGGUAAUUGUUAUUGUCUUUCAUUUACUGUUUGCCAUAUAUGAUAUAACUCAAUAUGGAAGAAGAACCACUUUGGUUUAACGGCAAUACUUUCUACUUUUUCACACUUUGUACAGUUCAAUGUACUUUAUUGACUUCUAUACCUUUUGCGGCACAAUGUACUGCUGGAAAAAAUAUUCACUCAAACUUUUAAGCAAUGGUUAGAAAAUGUCUGAAACAAAUGGAUGAAAAUGUUGGAUUUUUUUGUGACAUUAAAAUUCAUAUUCAUGUGA